GGGGGAAGAGGGGAAGGGGGAGAGGGGGAAGGGGGGAAUGGGGAAGGGGAGAAGGGGGAAGGAAAGAGGGGAAGGGGAAGAGGGGAGAAGGGGGAAGGGGAGAACGGGGAGAGAGGGGAAGGGGAGAAGGGGGAGAGAGGGGAAAAGGAGGAAGGGGGGAAGGGGGAGAGGGGAGAAGGGGGAAGGGGAGAGGGGGGAAGGGGGAAGGGGAGGAGGGGAUAA